CAAUUUCUGUGUGUCUGGCUGUUUCCUUUCUUCGCUGGUCUCUGUCACGCUGAGCUCACACAGGAGCUGAGCCGAGAGGCAGAGCGCCUGGGGCUGAGUUCUGCCCUGGGGCUGUCUGGGAACAUGGCCCUGCAGGUGUCAGCUCUGGCCCUUCUCCUGGCCCUUCCCCCUGUGCUGUCUGCCCAGGGAGCAGGACUGCCCAGUUCCAGCCGCCCCAAGACUCCAGACACGUGCAGGAGGGAGGGAGCCUGGACCACGAAGGUGACGUUUCCCUCCGAGCUGACGGCGUUUCCGAUGAAUGGCACGGUGCUGGUGAUAUGCACUGAGAAGCCUGAAUCCGGGACGUUCCCUGCAAAAUGCACAGAGCUGAAGGACCGCGGGGCAGUCUGGGAUAUCAGCGGAGUCCAGUGUCUCAGGAUGUGCAAUGAUUGGGUGAGGCAGGUGGAUUUUGACCCUGCACAGACGGAGUUCGGCGUCGGGGCCGAGGGUCGGGUGACCUGUCGUCAGCAGUUCCAGCAGAACUCGUUCAAUGUGACGUGCAGAGAGACAGAGUCGGGGCACUUCGAAUGGGAACUGGGUGCACACAAGUGUGUCAGAAAAUGUAAAAUAUUCCAAACCUGGGACUCCAGAUUGCAGUUUUCCCCCAAGAGGCAGUUCUACUCCCCGGGUGAAUCGGUGACGCUGAGCUGCUCUGAGGGGUAUCGGCCAUCACCACCUGUGAUUGAAUGUGUCAGAAAUGGGAGCCUGUCUGUCUGGAGUGAGACACCCACCUGCCAGGGGGUUUGUACGACGGCAGGAAACUGGCCCCCGUCGGUCUCUGCUGUGUCCGCACGGACAGAGUUUGCCGUUGGCGAGAGGGUUUGGGUGACCUGCCUCCAGGAGCAGUACGAGGGGCGCUCGGCUUGGAUGCAGUGUACGGAGAGGCCUGGGCGCGUGGAGUGGGACACGAGCCACGUGAGCUGUGUGGAAAAGUGCCCCAAACCCAGCUGGGCCUCAGCUCUGCGGUUCGCACCGGACAAGAUAUAUUAUAGCAGGGAGGAGCCAGUCACCCUGAGCUGCCCUGAGGCGUUCGAACCCUCGCAUCCCAUGAUCACAUGUACCGGACAGGGGAACCGGAGCGUCUGGAAUGAGAUUGCUACCUGCCUGGAAAAGUGUAAAGCUCCAGAAACGAGGGACACCAGGGUCCAGUUCGCCCUUGAGCAGCAGUUUUACAGCCAAGGGGACUUGGUGAAAUGGAGCUGCCCUGCGGGGUACCGACCCUCACAGCCUGUGAUCAGAUGCACUAGACACAGGAACCAGAGUGUCUGGAGUGGGACUGCCACCUGCACUGGGGUUUGUACGACGGCAGGAAACUGGCCCCCGUCGGUCUCUGCUGUGUCCGCACGGACAGAGUUUGCCGUUGGCGAGAGGGUUUGGGUGACCUGCCUCCAGGAGCAGUACGAGGGGCGCUCGGCUUGGAUGCAGUGUACGGAGAGGCCUGGGCGCGUGGAGUGGGACACGAGCCACGUGAGCUGUGUGGAGAAAUGCCCCAGGCCCCAGUGGGACCCCAGACUCCGGUUUGUGCCAGACUGGCCGUUUUAUGGCCAGAAUGAACAGACGAGGCUGAGCUGCUCUGGGGGGUCCCAGGCUUCGCUCUCUGUGAUCAGAUGUGUGAGAUGGAGUCGGACCCGGAAUUACUGGGCAGUGUGGGACCGGGGCACAUGGCGCGCUACCAGAGGGAACGUUACCUGUGCGGUGACCCCCCGGAUCAUCCCAGGGGCCCUGGAGAUUUCACCCACCACCAUCAAACUGCGCUGGACUUGUGAACCCCCCGAAUCCUGCCAGGGCAGCUGGAAGAUACAAGCCCAAUGCUGGCUGGAUGGACCCCUGUCAGGCCCCUGCUGGAGACCAGAGCACACCACCAGCAAGCAGCCGUUACAGGGACUGGAAGGAACAGUAACGUGCAGCUCCCUGCACCCCUUCACCUCCUACACAGUCACCAUCUCUGGGGGCUACCCAGCGACCGUCCUUUAUAGCCAGCGGGUCCGCACAAGUGAAACAGCCCCAGACCAACCCGAGAUCGAGCCGCUGGAUCCCAGCACCAAAACCUUCAUGUGGAAGCAGCUGCCGCCCUGCAAAGGGGAGAUCGUCGGGUACCAGCUGAACAUCACGGCCAGCAGAGAGUACAACAGCAGUUUCCUCGAGGUCGAGAAGCUGCGAGUGAAUCAGUCGGUCACCAAGUACCUGCUGCACCCCUGGAGACACGGGACCAACUACACAGUGACAAUCCAGGGCCUGACGGCUGCCGGCCUUGGGCAGGAGUCACGCUGGGACUUUGAAACCAACAUCUCUGAGCCAGCCAUCCCCCCCAGCGUCACCGCCCUGAGCGUCUACAGCAUCUCCCCGUCGAGCGGGACGGCUCUGCUCCCCCUGCAGCCCCUCCCUGGGCUCCAUGGACCCAUCAGGGAGUAUCAGAUCAUUGUAUCUGCGAUGCAGAAUGGCAGCGAAGUGGAUGCCUGCUGCUCACCAGGUCUGCAGCCCUUCAACUCCAGCCUGGAGCUCGACAUGUACCUGGCUGCCGUGCUCCCCGCGCACAACCUCACAGGCCCGACUGACUUUGUGCUGGGCGACGGGGCCCAUCACUAUGGGUACUACAAUGCUCCCCUCCGCCCCCACAGGAACUACACGGCUGUGGUGCGUGUCAUCAGCCGUUGGAACCAGAUGGAGAAAUUCAGCUGUGUGCACUAUGACUUCUUCGUCGGAGAGGCCCAGACUCCCCAGUCCGGGGGCCUGGCAGUAGCCGUGGCAGUGCUGGUGGUACUGGUGCUGUUGGUCGCAGGGGCCCUGCUUCUGUGGUUUGUGCUCUCCAGGAAGAAGAGGGACGAGCCAAAGGACAAGAGCAACGGGGCAAUCCCCCUGAAGAGGAACCGAGGAGCAGGUGCAAACAGGCUGCGCACACAGAUCCUGGUGGCUGAACUGCUGGAGUCUCUGAAGCGGUUUAAGAGAGCAGAAAUGGAGGACGAGGAGGCAGAGGACGACGCAAAUCCUGAACGGCCCCCAGUGGGGCGCAAUGCGGAGUACCAGAAACUGGUCUCAGGUUUGCUGCACCCAGGCCAUGCCGGCAAGGAGCCCUGCAACCAGUCCAAGAACCGCUACAAGAGUGUCAUCCCAUAUGAUCACUGCCGCGUGGUGCUGCAGUCUGCCAACGUGGGCGAUGACUACAUCAACGCCAGCUACGUUGAUAGCUACCGGAGCCCCCGCUUCUUCAUCGCUGCUCAGGGCCCACUGCCUGGCACCGUGGUGGAUUUCUGGCAGAUGAUCUGGCAGGAGAAGGUCUCGGCCAUUGUGAUGUUAACGGGCCUGGUGGAGCAGAACAAGACCAAGUGUGAGCAGUACUGGCCGGAGGAUGAACAGGUGUGCGGGGACUUCACUGUGACCCUCAGCAACAUCUGGACAACCACGGGCCUGGUCACACGCACCUUCCGUCUGCAGAGGGCAGGUUCCCCUCUCCCGAGAAACAUGCAGCAGUUUCACUACCUGCUGUGGCCAGACCAUGGGGUCCCCAGCAACCCGGCCCGGCUUCUGCAGCUGGUGGAGAUGGUGAACGAGAGGGUGUCGCAGGCACCUGCCGGCCCCGUGCUUGUGCACUGCAGGUACUGGCAGAGAGGGCUGGUGUGGGGGGGGCAGGCCCAGGGCCCGGCGAGCACCUCACUCUCUUCCCCUGUCCCCAGCGCGGGGAUCGGCCGCACAGGCACCUUCAUCGCCCUGGACUUCCUCCUGAAGAUGGCGCAGGCCGAGGGCAGCGUGGAUGUUUUCCGCUGCGUGCAGAGGCUGCGGGAACAGCGGGUCAGCAUGGUGCAAACAAAGGAGCAGUACACCUUCCUCUACGAGGUGCUGCUGGAGGGGCUGCUGUGCGGGAACACCGGGGUCCUGGUGGAGAGUGUCCCUAGCCACGUCAGCCUCCUGCGCCAGCCCGACGCCCAGACACAGAGCAACGGGUUCUCGCGGGAGUUCAAGGCCUUGCAGAAGUUUUCCGAACUGUUCCAGCUCUCCCCAUGCAAGGAGGCCCAGCAGCCCAGCAACCAGCCUAAGAACCGCAAGCCGGCGAUCCUGCCAGCGGAUUGCAGCCGCCCCAUCCUGAUGUCCUCCCUGAAAGCGGACGGCUCGCCCGGCUACAUCAAUGCAGUCUUUGUUGGCACGUAUGCGGAAGAAGACAACGUCAUAGUCACUCAGCUACCGCUCAGGGAAACGCUGGUGGAUUUCUGGUCCCUGCUCUGGGACUACACCUGCACCGCGCUGGUCAUGCUGAACCGCAUCGAGGAGUUGGACCAGACAUACCUGGCGUUCUGGCCUAUGCACGGAGAGGCCUCUUACGGCCGUUUCCACGUGAAGCUGAUCUCGGAGGAGCCGGGAGCUGGCUUCACCAUCCGCACACUCGCUGUAACCAACAGGCAACAGCCCAAGAAGGCCGCACUGGAGAUCAGGUUCUGGCAAGUAGAUGACUGGCCCAUGCAGCAGCGGCUCCCCCCAUGCCCUGCCACCAUCAUCAGCUUGCUGGGGGAGGUGGAGCGGAGCCAGCGGACAAGCCAGGACAGCCACGUUCUCGUCACUUGCUGGGACGGUGCCAGCCGCUGCGGGCUCUUCUGUGCCGCCACCUUCCUGUGCGAGCAGAUCCGCAGCGAGGGGCUGCUGGACGUCUCGCAGGCGGUGAGACUGCUGAAGCGCCGGCGACAGCAGAUGAUCAAGGACGUGGAGCAGUACACAUUCUGCUAUGAGUUAGCCCUGAGCUAUCUGGACUCAUUCAAAAUCUAUGGGAAUUUCAAAUAGAGGCGAGCAAGGGACCUUCUCGAGUCGCGACCUGCUGCUGCUGCUGCUUCUCGUGGCUGCUCUGUGCCUGGGCAGAAGCCCGUGUCCUGGGGAGCGAGCCGGGGCCAUGGAAACUGGCAGAGAUGAGAAGGGCCCUGGUGGUGCCAGCUGGGACGCUCUGGACUCCUGACAUGCCCUACCCUGGAGCCGACGCAGCUGGCUGAAGCAGACGGUUUCCUCUGGGACUCAUUUCCAGGGUGUGGGUUGGAUGCUCUGAAUCUGCUAUCCCAGACUUUGCCCAGCCAGGGACUUGGGUGGUAACUUACCUGGAGCCAGAGCGCGUGUGCAUUGUGACUUCUCAGGGUUAGCCGAGGUGUCCGGGGGGAAUCAGUACCACCGCUCACAGCGGGAGGGAGCCCUGGCCAUGCCCACCGGGAAAACUCUCCCAAAGUCCUGGCUGCCGGCAACAGGAGCACUCCACUCUGGGCUCCGCGAGCCCUGUGCUUUCCCUCUGCAGGCUGGUAAUUUACACACCUUGCCCUGUUACACUCACGGGCCUGAUCUCGUGUCUCCUGGACACCAGCAACACACACCGAUCUGCUGCCCUGUGGAAACGGUGAACUCACUUUACCAGCUUCACCUCAGUUCAACCCACAUUUUAGGUGUAGCCCAGCCUGUCGUCUUGUAAGCAAGGAACACGGUCCAGUGCUGGGACAGCAGCUGUUCCAAGGAAAACCUUGGAAUCCCCCAGAUCCCUGUUUCUUGCCUUAUUGUCCUUAGUUAUCAAUUCUGUCAAAGCUCAGACGCAUUAACACGCUUCCAGGCCGCACUAUGGACUAUGGUUGCACUUGUCUUCAGGCACUGCCCAGAGGCUGGGUGCUGCCAUUUGAACAACUUGGUAUAACUGGGACAAGUUUAAACAUCAAAAGCAGCUGAUUAAAGCUCAGUUUAAAGUUC